AUGGUGGCUGUGGCGGCAGUUGCUGAGCGAGACCUGCGCCUGUGGCCACCGCAGCCAGGGCCUUCUGGGCAUGCAGGCAGUGACAGCAGCGCUGGAGGCAGGGCCGAGGACAGCAUGUGCAAACACCCUGACAGGAAAAGGAAGAGGGCCUGUCAGGCUGCAAGCCUGCCGGCCGGCAGUCAAGCAGAGGAGCGUGCUUUGGCAGAUGUUGUGAAUGAGCAAGCGGAACAAGCUGCAGCGCAGCCGGCUUCACAUGACAGCCGCAGCGAGGUCACCGUGCCGUGCAUGUUUGAAGAGACCCAGGCGAGUCCGGCUGAGGCAGCUGGCGACAAGCCCUACCUGUGCACUGGAUAUGACUGCUACACCGUGCGGGAGCCCUGUGCGAUGUGCGCGAUGGCGCUUGUGCAUUCGCGGGUGCGCCGCGUCAUAUUCUGCAUCCCCGACGUGCAGCAUGGGGCUCUUGGGGGCAAGUUCCGGCUGCAUGGGCAGCGCAGCCUGAACCAUCACUACCAAGUGUACAGGUGUCAGCUGUGA